UCUCCCCGGGACAGUGAGCUGAGGUUUCCGUAGAGAAGUGCCAGAAAACAGGCUGAGAGAGACUUACCCGCUUAUUUAAAGAGGGAAACCGAGCUGCCUAGGUACAGUCUGAAGAAUCUACGAACUGACAAGUCUGUACAUACACCGGAUACUGAGUUACAUUGAGAGUAUUUCAUUCAUUCAACAGCACAGAAAAGAUUUCCCAGAUGGAAGUUGAAUGCCUGUCCCUGAAAGACCUCACGAGUCCCAGGAAAAGUUUCCCGGUGGAGGACGACGGCUGCCACAGUGAACAAAAGGAAAACAUCUGCACGGAGAGGAGGAGAUCCACUCCGCUGAAAUCCGCCGAGUCACCCAUCCCCGUUUUGCUAAAAAGCCGAAAUCUAAGGUGCGGCGGCUGUACGACAUCGCCAACGUUUUGACCAGCCUGGGUCUCAUACAGAAGGUCCACGUCAGAGAGGAGAGGGGCAGGAAACCGGCCUUCAAGUGGCUCGGCCCCGUGGAGUUCAAGAGCUCCGGAAACACCGUGAACUCAGCGAUGGUCCCUGAAGCCUCGCAGCCAGCAGAAGUCCAGGACCUCCGGAGAUCCAAAAUGGCGCGACACGCCUCCUUCAAUGUCACACACACACCUGUGGGGGUGCAGUGGAGAGUGAACUCUGCCCCCUGUAGCCCCCGGCCAACACCUCCCAGGUUUAGCGUACCAGCCUGUGGAUUAUUCCAGAAAGACUUCAAGCAACACUGCAGUGUGUCGCCUGCAGUUUGGAAAACAGCACUUGAAAACCGUCCAUCAUGUAUCAGCAGUAGUCCGUCCUCUCCACCCCCCUCCCCUCACUCAGAGCAGUGUCUCCCCCCCUCCUCCCCCCCUCAGUGCCUGGCCUACCUGCCCAACCUCUCUCAGCCCUCUCUGGUGAUGCUGUACCAACCGGAGACUGAGGAGAGGAGGAAGAGGAGGAGGGAGGAAGGAAGAGAGAGGGGGGCGAUGAUGAAGAGGGGAAAGAUGGGGUUAGAAGAAAAUGAACAGUCUUGCAGUGAUGUAGCAGAAUCAACGAACACUAAGACCCCCGACCGGACGUUUAACGAGAGUCGGGGUCAUGCAGGCAGCUGUGAGCAGCCGUCACACUACCUCUACGUGCCCAACAACGCAGGUCUGAACAGCCUGAACUUCCUGCUCUCUGGGGGUCACCCUCUCUCUGGGGGUCACCCUCUCUCUGGGGGUCUCUCUCUCUCUGGGGUCACCCUCUCUCUGGGGGUCUCUCUCUCUCUGGGGGUCACCCUCUCUCUGGGGGUCUCUCUCUCUCUGGGGGUCACCCUCUCUCUGGGGUCUGGGGGUCACCCUCUCUCUGGGGGUCACUCUCUACCCCCCACUGUUCCCACUCUGGCUCUCCCCUACGUCCUGGUUCCCUCGUCUCACUUCAGCCUCCCUGCUCACUUCCUGGUGGGGGGGGCGGCGUACGGCCUGGCGGGGUCAGAGGUCAGCAGGUCACUGACAUCGCCCUCCACUCCUGAGCAGAGACAGAGUGUGAACAUCAGCACAGCAGAACCACCGACUCCUCUCACCCCGAAGGAAACCCCAACCUCUGCCUCCAAGGCGUUCUUCCAGACGCCGGGAACUCUGGGAAAUGUAGUCAGCGCCGCGCCAGUGGCCAGAAAGAGAGGCUCAGCUCAGAGGAGGCUGGACGUCGGACAUCCUCCAGCCAGUUAGGCAGACUAGAUGUUUUAACACUCAGGUUGAUCCUAAAAAUGCUUUCAAACCAUCUGUGUGUUGUAAAAUGCAAGAAUAUUUACUGAACAUUCACUAUUUCCUAAAAAAACUCAAGUUAUUUUAGCAUUUUUGCUAAUUUCUAUCAAAUGCUGGGUACUUCAUUCUUCAAUGAGUGAAGCAUUAGUGCCACAAUCACAGUGCCCUCCUGUGGUGGGAGUGUGCCACUGCUCUAUUUACAUUUAUAAUAACUUUUUGCAUUUAUUCCCCCCCCCCCCCCCCUUAGACUUGAUCAGGCUACUUAAUUCCCUGUAUUAUAAGCCCCAAUUGAUAUUUAUAUUAUCGCUAAUAUAUGUGGAUUACAGGGACUGUAACGGAGCAUUUAUAUUAAGCACUAUCUGACAGAACGUCGGAUUAAUUUGGAGAUGAUUGUCGUUCGUUUUGCCCCUUUUUUGUUUUGUUAAAUUAUCACGGUAUAAAUCUAUAUCGCAGACAAUCCUAUUUGGGAUCAUUUUAAAAAAAACAUCUGUGAGGAGAAAAUCACUACAGCCUUAAAGUGUUGGGACUUUUUGAUGCAUUAACGGUGUAACACCAAACCCUUUGUUAGUUAUAAAUGUCGACUGAAGGACGAUGUGACGACGCUGCUCUCAGGUACUUGAAUACUUUACUAGAGGUGAAUUUUGGAGCGAUAUCAAAGUACUGUGAAAAAUUGUUUGAAUGUAUCCAGGGAGAGCAGACAUUUUGGGUUUAAAGCCUUGAAAUCUGGAUGCUUUUGAGACCAAAUAAUCCUCUGACCUGUGGAUGUUUAUUCAUUCAAAUGUAAUUAUUUUACAUUGUACUCGCAGUGUCCUUCAUACCUUUCCAUGCAGAAUGUUACAUGCUGCUUCACCAUGUAUGAAAUUAUGACUUUUGCACUGCUACAUUUAGUAGUUUGUCUCUUCAUUUGAACAAAAGCUGCAACUGUAUGAGCUCUUUUGAACCACUUUCACACACUCAUUGAAAAUGUAUGAUGUGACAAGUGUGUGUGCGUGUGCGUGUG